CGUUUAUAUGCAGUUUAAGGAAAGUUUAUAUUAGCAUUGCAGAGACUCGUCCUACAGUAACAAACUAUGGCGCCUGUUUAGUAAUGAGAAUUUUAUCCCUCGUUUAUUGUUUAGAAUAUAUUACUUAUCGACGGCUCACUAAAGAAGGAUGACUUCUUCCCGUGAAAAUGAUGAAAUCAGUGGAGCUAUUGGAGCAUUUAUGGAAGAUGAAUAUUAUGAGGAGAUGGCAGCUGGGUAUUUUGAGGAGGAAGAGGAAAGGAAGAGUACCAAAAAAUCUCAAGCUUAUGAGGAUAUACCACAAGAUGAAUUGGAAGAAAUAUUUGAAAAUAUUAAUGAGGAUUUUGAUCCUGAUACAGUCCCCUCUACAUCGUCCAAAUCAUUGUUGGACAGAACAACUGUUCAAGAUGAAGAUAUAAUUCCUGCAGACAUUGAACAACCCUCCCAGGAUCACUUGAAAGUCCUGCAUGAUUCUUUUGGACACAAAUCCUUCCGCCCUAUGCAGUGGCAAAUCAUCCAUGCAGUUUUACAGGGACGUGAUAAUUGUGUUGUUAUGGCAACUGGUUAUGGAAAAAGUUUGUGUUACCAGUUUCCUGCUGUAUACACAGAAAGUGUAGCAGUUGUGGUUUCUCCUUUAAUAUCUCUAAUGCAGGAUCAGGUUUUAGCUCUACAGGCUUCCAACAUAGAGGCUUGUCUGUUGGGUAGCGCUCAGACAAACAAAUCAAAUGUUUAUUCAGAUAUGUUUGCUGGUAGAUACAGAGUUGUUUAUGUUACUCCUGAGUUUGUGGAAGCAUGUUCAGAUUGUUUGGUAACUCUAGACAAUAAGAAAGGAAUUUCUCUUUUCGCCAUUGAUGAAGCUCAUUGUGUCAGUCAGUGGGGACACGACUUUCGUAGUUCUUACAGGAAGCUUGGUGUUUUGAAGCAGAAAUUUCCAAGGGUUCCUAUUCUUGCAGUGACAGCUACAGCUACACGUGUAGUUCGCCAAGACAUAUGUAGCUCACUUAAAUUGAGAAAUCCUGUAGUGACCAUAACAAGUUUUGACCGUCCAAAUUUAUACUUGGAAGUCAAGUUAAAGACGAAGAAUGUAUUUGAGGAUAUUCGCCCUUUAAUGGUUCGAGUUACUGGGGGAAAGUACAAAUCUGAUGGAGCCACCAUUAUAUACUGUCCAACCAAAAAGUUAACAGAAGAGGUAGCCUUAACACUUAGAGGUGCUGGUUUGAAUUGUGGAAUGUAUCAUGCUGGCAUGACUCCUCUGCAGAGAAAAACAGCUCAUGAACAGUUUGUAUACGACAAGAUUGAAGUAAUUGUUGCCACCAUUGCUUUUGGGAUGGGUAUCAAUAAACCAGAUGUUCGAAGGAUUAUUCAUUAUGGCGCUCCUAGAGAUCAUGAAUCAUAUUACCAGGAGAUUGGUCGUGCAGGUCGAGAUGGGAUGCCCUCAGUAUGUUCAGUAUUUUACUCUCCUGAAGACUUCAGAGUUCACAGGUUUUUCCUGAGUCAGAUACGCUCACAAGCUUACCAAGAGCACAGGAAAGAAAUGAUGAACAAAAUGGAGAGAUUCUUGGAACUCACUACUUGUCGUCGGGGUGACAUUUUAUCACACUUUACCUCCAAGACCUAUGAUGAUACUCCCAAACCAGACUGUUGUGAUAAUUGUACCAAAAGGUUAUCAGGUUUUGGUACAACAAACAAGGGUAUUUCUCGUGUAGAGGCUGCGCUUGAUGAUGAUGGAAAAUAUGAUUUCACAGAGGAUGCUGUUAAAGUUAUAAAGACUGCAGAGGGCUGCAGAGAAUUGACUGCCCUUGGCACCAUAGUCAUUAUUUUGAAAGGUUCAAAUUGUCAGCGUGUGAAGCCACACUGGAAAAAAUUAUCAACUUUUGGAGCUGGUAAACAUCGAAAUGAUACAUACUGGAAGGCUUUAGGAAAAAUGUUAGUAUCAGCUGGUUACCUUUUAGAAAAGAUGGUAGGUGGCCCCAGUGGCAGAGGUUUCCGAGGCGGAGGUCGCGGAUGGACCCCAAGUUAUGCUUAUGAAGCCAUUGCACUAACUAGAGAAGGGCAGCAUGCAUUAUUGAAUCCAAACUGUAAGAUACGUUUAAAGCCAUCAGCAACAAUGAUGGAGGAGUUACGGUACAUUGUAAAGAUAGUUCGACCUACUGUCAGCAGUGUUGAUUCUAAACCUACAAGUGCCCGCAGAACAUUCAAUCCAAGUGACUACUUGAAGCCAGAUAAGAAAGUUUUGGGGCCUGUGGAAAGAAGUGUUUCUAGCCAUCAAACAGUAGAGAAAGUUAAAGCGCCUACAGACCCAAGGGAAGAAAAAUUAAAGGUUGAACUAUACAAGUCACUAUUAGAAUUACGUAAUCAGCUUGGAGAGGAGAUUGGAUUCAUGCCAUAUUUGGUGGCCACGAACAGAGUUCUUCUUCUUGUGACAGAGCAAAGACCUACAACGCUUAAGGCACUGAGAAAGGUUGAGGGCAUGGUUGAAGCGAAGGUCCAGAAGUUUGGCCCAGCAAUUGUAAGUCAUGUGAAGUCCUUCUGCCUCAAGCAUAAUAUCACAUUUGAUGAAGGAAAUGAUGAUCUUGAAGAAGAUUCAGAUAAGCCUUUGUGUUCUGCAAAAUCAAACAGUGGAGCCGCUACUCAAAAGGUUGAUGAUAUGAGGGACGAAAGUGAUGGUUCUUCAGGUUGGAUAUCAGCGUCAAGGAGUAAAUUGGUAACCAGAACACCACAGUUUCCAAGUGAAAAAACUAUUACCUCUUUAUCUCAUAUAAAAGAGGAAGACAAAGUAAAUAGUAGUAAUACAGUAGAUAAAUUGUUAAGAUCACCAUCAAGCCCAGUGGGAAAUGAAACGAAUAUCUCCAACAUAAGUGUGAAAAUUGGUAAGGGAAUUGGUGCUGAUAGAAUUAAAUGUGAGCAGUUAAUGUCAAAAAGUGUGGAUUCUCCAAUAUAUAAUACUCCAAGAACAAACGAUCAUACGAUGCUUCCACUUAUGGAUGAUGAUGAUUUUCCAGAUGAUUUAGAACCAUUGAAAACAAAAAAUUUGAAACGAGAAGAGGCGGAUAUAGAAAAUGUGAAAAUUGAAGGUGUAAAUUGUAAUAAAGAAAGUUUGGAAUUAUCAUUAGAUGACGGAAAUGAUGCCUUUUUUGAUGAUGUUGACACAACAGACCUAAAGGAAACAUCCAGCACAGCCUUGAAAGACACGGAAAGUGCAUCUACUUCACUUAGUGGGAUUGAGAGAGCUAAUGAGAAGACAAAGCAAUUACCAGCCUUGCCUCUUAUCUGUAUGACAUCUCCCCCUACUGAUAUUGCUGUUGCUAAGAAAAGAGGUGUAGUGUUUUCAGACUCGGAGUCUGAUAGUGAGAAGGAAGAUUCUCAGAAUUUGGACAAGUAUGAGCGUAUAUUGAAUGAAAAUAAGAAGAGAGUUCAAAAAUUAGAAUCCAGUGGGUGGAUUGAUGCUCGUAAAAUGAAGAAGAAAAUGAGACAAAAUUCUUUAUUUAAGAGAUAAGUUAAAAAAUAUUUUCUUUCAAUUUUGGUACACAGCCAGAGGUACACUUUUUAAAAAUACCAUUUUGAUUUUGUAUGAACUUCAUAAAUAUACUAUUUACUCAUUUUAGAUUAUUUAUUUGUACAGAAUUUUUUUAAACUAAAAAGUACUGUAGAAAAAAUGCUUGUAACAUAAAUGUUCAGCUUGCUUUUAAAGAAUAGUAUUACAGUAAUCCAUUGAUUAUCAUUAAUAAUAGAGCUAAGGCCCUGCCAGAUAAGGUCAAGAUCUGGGUAUGGGCAAAUAAAACUUGAUGGAUGUAAAAUGGUAAUUCUGUACAUUUACUCCUCCUAACUUAUCAAUACCACAAAGCCAUAAAAACUGAAUAUGCUUAUAAAUCACAACCAUCACACUUUAAACUGAAAUCAUGAUGUAAAAGACAAUUAGGUAGCUUAUUUUUCCGUAUUUGUGACAAUACAUGUAAACUAUAAAUGCAUUUUGUAAAAAAAAAAAAAAAAAAAAGAAAAAAAAAAAAAAAAAAAAAAAAAAUCUCAUAACCAACUCACGAUAUAGGAGGUGUACUGUAUGUACAGUACACUAUUGAGUAACAUGGGUGUCACAUUUCUCUGUGGACCAUAUCUACCCAUUAUUCGCGGGAAAUUCGUGUGUUCACGGUAUUCAUCUAUGAAAAAUAUCCACAUAUUACUGUAUUUUCAUAUCAAUUUUAUAAUUAAAUGCACUUUUUGUGAUAAAACUAUUAAUAAAACCAGGUACUAUAAGCAUUUUUGAUGGGUUUUUCUCGAGUUUGAAUUAACAAAUGGUAAGCUCUUUAGCAUUUUUAUGGGAGUUCUAAGUAUUCAUGGAUUCUAGCUAUUCAAGGGGAGUGUCUGGAAUGCAUCCAAUGCGAAUAUGGGGGUUCCAUUGUAUAACAAACAUCUGCUCCCAAAAGUGAUAAAAAAAAAAAAAAAAAAAAAAAAAAAAAAAAAAAAGUAAA